CAUUAUCUGCAGUCUGAAGUACAGCACUGUAGGCCGCAUUACCACUGACGGUCAUCAUGUUGAGACUUAUUGUUCUUGGGGCUCUCUUGUCCCCCCAAGCAGUUGGUCUCAUCGCUCCUCUGACCAGCGUCGGGGGGGAGACAGAUGUCGGUAACUUAGUAAGUCACGUCACCCUGCUGGAACAGAUGGUUCAGAAACUUCAGACAGAGCAGACAUCUACCGCAUCGCAGUUGGUGGCCACGCAGUCUCAACUGAAGACAACGACCGAUGAACUGACUGCCGUCAAAACAGAACUCCAUGCAGCGCAGACAGAGCUGGGUGUAGCGAAGUAUCAGCUCUCAAAACUGCCCACGUCCAUCGAGCUGAAUGACCUUGUGGCCAAACUCAAUAACACUGCCAGUGCAAUAAAUGCCACAAAUCAGGACCUUGCUUCUAUCAAACAAACUGUUGCCGGCAUGGCGCAGAACAAUGCAGUUGUUGCCUUCGAAGUUCGACUGUCUACCCACAUUAGACCUGCAUUGACCUCAAUCAUCAAGUUCGACGACGUUCGCUACAACCAGGGAGGUGGCUUCAACGUGACGACAGGCGUCUUCACCGCCCCCGUCGCUGGGACGUACAUACUUUGGGCCAGCAUGAUAGCUUACGACUUCUCCGAUUCUCUUGGUAUAUCUCUGUUCAAGGGUUCGGAAAAGAUCGCCCGAGCAUGGGGCGAGAACCCUGCGUCUGACAAGAAUGAGGAUGACACCCUGAUCCUGACAACGGUAUACCUGGAUGUUGGGGACCAAACAUGGUACGUCAGAGAGUCGGGGACGGCACGGAUUGAGGGAUUCUCCUACUCCGGCUACGGCGGGGCGCUUAUCCAGGCCCACAGAUAGAAUCGCUUUGUCAAUUUUAGAGAUGAAAUUUCACUAGAAAUUCUACAAGCUUGUGUCGUAUCUCUAUUCGGUUUAAUAAAUAUCAUCGAAACUUAA